AUGGGGACCCACAGUCCAACCCACUCUUCUAUCGACAAAGACCUCGAUGCAAAAAAUGAAAUCGAACACAUCGACUCGCACGAUGAGAAGCAGCGCAGGAAGCCGAUCUUGCCGCAGACACCGAUGGAGAAGCAGAUGGCUCUACAGGAGGCGUUGAAGGUCGACCCGGGCGUCAGCAGGUUCAGCUGGGCGGCUAUUCAGAUGUAUCUGGUGACGUUGGUGGUAUGCUGCUGUUCAGGUGAUAGCGGUUUCGAUGGGACGGUUAUGGGGGGCAUCAACAGCAUGGUUCAGUACCAGAAAUAUUUUGGGCUCAAUGGCGUCGGAAGCAAGACUAGCAUUGUUUUUGGAAUUUUCACGGUGUAUGUACUCGUCUCCGUUUCUGGUACGAUCCCGGCUUCGUACUUCCCGGACAGGUUCGGUCGUCGGUUCUCUAUGUUCUUCGGAAACGCUGUCUUGGUUGUCGGAGCCGUAAUCACAGCCAACGCCAAAGAUAAAGGCAUGUUCCUCGGCGGUCGUUUCCUCACAGGACUCGGAUCGUCGUGUGCGGGCGCUUCUGCGAAAUCAUACCUAGCGGAGAUGGCCCCGGCCCAUUCGCGGGGCGCUUAUCUUGGGUUUUUAAAUUCGUUCUAUUAUGUUGGCCAGAUGACUGCUACUGGGAUGAUGGUGGCCACAGGCAAGUUCAACAGCGAGAUGUCUUGGCGGCUUCCUUUGUACAUCCAGCUUGUACCUGGUGCUCUCAACGUCAUCUUUGUGUUCCUGUGCCCGGAAUCCCCCAGGUGGUUGUACAGCAUUGGCAAAACUGAACAAGCGAGGAAAAUUCUGGCUAGGUUCCACAGCAGCACGAAUGAUCCCAAUUCUCCUCUUGUUGACCUGGAGAUGAGGGAGAUUGAGGAGAAGAUCCAAAUUGACGGCGCUGAUAAAACAUGGUGGGAUUUCAGGCCGUUGUUCACUACCCGUGCGGAGAGAUACAAGGCUUACAUGGUAAUCCUCAUUGGUCAACUCAGUGGCAACGGAUUGAUCACAUACUUCCUCCCUAUUUUGCUCAAAGAUGCGGGGAUAACUUCACAAAACAAACAGUUAACACUUAACUUUGUGAACAGUGUUACAUCCUAUAUCGGAGCUCUGACAGGAUCUGCUGUCGUUGACCGUUUCGGUCGUCGCAAAGUGCUGCUGCUCGCCACUAGCAUUAUGGUGGCCAUUCUAGCCACGGUAACUGGCUUAUUGAGCGACUUUGGCAGUGCCGCAAGAGCGAACGCGGGUAUCACAUUCAUCUACCUAUUCAUGGUCGUCUUCUCGUUCGGAUGGACGCCCAUGCAGGCACUCUACCCCGCUGAGGUACUGAGUUACCAGGUUCGCGCAAAGGGGCUUGCUUUCCUGGGCAUAGUCGCCCAAGUAGCGACACUGAUCAACACAUUUGGCCUUCCUGUUGCGCUGCAAAAGCUCGGGUGGAAAGUUUACCUGAUUUUCUUGAUCUGGGAUGUAUUCGAGGUUAUCGUGAUCUACUUCUUCGUGGUUGAGACGAAGGGUUUCACCUUGGAGGAGAUCAAUGAGGUGUUUGAGGAUGAUAGUCCGCGAAAGUACAGCGAGCGACUCCAGCGCGAGAUGCGCGAGUCCCGAAAGAGAGAACAAGGCAGUGCUUGA